AUGGCCAUGGAGCCCAAAGAGAUCAAGCUGCGCGGCGAGGCGAUCGCAAAAGCCAUGCAGGAAGGCGAACCUGGCUCUUCUCUGCUCAAGCUGCUCGGCGACCUAAAGACGGGCGUCCACGCAACUGAGGACCUCUUGCGACAGACCCGAAUCGGUGUCACCAUCAACCGCCUCCGCACGCACAAGGACCCCGCAGUACAAAGGCUCGCGACAGAACUAGUGUCAAAAUGGAGAGAUGAGGUCAAGAAGGGACCAAAGAAGGGAACGCCGUCCAAGAUCGCAAAUGGCAGCGCGUCACCGGCUCCACCACCAUCAGGCACCGCAUCACCCGCGCCUGCGCAACAAAAGAAGAAGCACGAUGUCGCACCGGAUAAGCGCAACCACAAGACAGACAAGGUCAACUACAACGUCACGGGACACGAGGCGCGCGAUGGCUGUGUGAGGCUGAUGUACGAUGGCUUGGCCUUCAUGAGUGAAGCGCUACCCGACGACAUCAUCACCGUCGCGAAACACGUCGAAGCAGCCGCCUACGGCAACGCCGGCAGCGUCAACGACGCCUACAAACAAAAAAUGCGCUCCCUCUUCCAGAACCUCAAGAACAAGUCAAAUCCCGCCUUGCGCAAGGACGUCCUUUCCGGCAAAAUCCAGCCCAAGAAAUUCGUCGUCAUGUCCCACGACGAGAUGAAGUCGGAUUCGCGCCGUGCCGAGGACGAGAAGCUCGAGAAGGAGAACAUGAACCAGGCCAUGGUCGCGCAGGUCGAGAAGUCAAUCUCCAAGGAAUUCCAGUGCGGAAAGUGCAAGAAGAAGAUGGUGUCGUACAGUCAGGCGCAGACGCGGUCGGCUGAUGAGCCGAUGACGACGUUCUGCGAGUGCAUGAACUGCGGUAAUAGGUGGAAGUUCUCCUAGUCGAGACGCGAGACGCGAGGUUCGAGAAAAUGGGGUCUCUGGGAAGCGAGCGAUGUACGUUUUAGGCAUUUCAUACUUCGGGAGCGGGUGGGCGUUUUCUUUACGGGGCAUACAGACGGAGUUGGAGCUGUCCUAGGACUUUUUUCCUUCCCUGCGAAUAGGCGGCGGCAUGCGCUUCGAAAUUUGCUUCUCUUCUCUCCAGCCUCUUAGUCGAGUAAACACGUUUAUUACGA